CUAAAAUACGAGUCGUAAUGAAAGGCAUCACUUGACUGACAAUCCCGCAGCCUAAUCCAGAGAGUGGGGAUGCAUAGCAGCAGUGAUAUGUGUCGAAUCAACAUCGGAUAACUACUUCUUAAAGCUCUGAUUGACAAAAGCCUGCUAAUACUUUGUCCAUUCAGCUCCCGAAGACCGUUUUUGAACCUGAAGUCGUCGGCUUUUAGUCUCAUCCGGACCGGGACUUUACAGACGUUACGUUGGGACAAUGGAAUCUAACGUUCACAGUAUCCGCCCUCAGAGACUACAGCCGGGGAUUGGAUUCAGCUCAGGACCGACCGGGACCCUCCGCUCCUCUCUCCGGCCCGGGGUAACCGUCCCCAUCGCACCGCUCCUUCCCUCCCCAGCGUCGCUAGCCGCUUCGUCCGGGCCUCCUCCUCCACCGCCUCCGCUGCAGCUCCACAGUCUGUACGGAGGGGUGGGAGCCGGGCUUGGGCCGGGGGCUGCUGGCCACUGUAACCCUGGGAACCCGGCGGUGCUGAAGGAGGCGGUGGAGGCUGUGGUCCGUAGCUUCGCCAAGCACACACAAGGUUAUGGCAGAGUAAAUGUGGUGGAGGCUUUACAGGAGUUUUGGCAGAUGAAGCUGACCAGAGGGGCUGACUUGAGGAACGGAGCUCUUGUUGUUUAUGAAAUGGUCCCAUCCAACAGCCCUCCUUACGUUUGUUAUGUUAGUCUUCCUGGAGGAAGCUGCUUUGGAAGUUUCCAGUUCUGUCCCACCAAAGCAGAGGCCAGACGCAGCGCUGCCAAGAUUGCCCUAAUGAACUCUGUUUUCAAUGAACAUCCCUCCCGCCGCAUCACAGACGAAUUCAUCGAGAAGAGUGUUAGUGAGGCGCUUGCCUCCUUCAAUGGUAACAGAGAAGAGGCUGAUAAUCCCAACACAGGAAUAGGAGCCUUUCGCUUCAUGCUUGAGUCCAACAAAGGGAAAUCCAUGCUGGAGUUUCAGGAGCUGAUGACCGUGUUCCAGCUGCUGCAUUGGAAUGGGAGUCUGAAAGCCAUGAGAGAACGACAGUGUUCCCGACAGGAAGUGCUGGCUCACUAUUCCCACCGGGCUCUGGACGAUGACAUGCGUACACAGAUGGCUGCCGACUGGGUGAACCGAGAGCAGGGCAUAGCAGGUACUAUUGCGCAGGAGGUGGCAUCAACAGAGAGAGAACUGGAGGACGCCAGGCUGGCGGGCAGAGAACUGCGUUUUUACAAAGAGAAGAAAGACAUCCUGAUGUUAGCGAUGGGUCAGCUCAGUGCAGCCAACACAGCCACCCUGCCCUCGCACUAAAACCUACAGCAUUUCAUCAUGAAAGAACAAGACUUCAUACCCCGAAGGAUUUCUGGUAACAGUAAUGAUCACUGCAUAGAUAUAAAGGUGAUCUGCCUGAGCUUUUAGGUGAUCAGGCCUUUGCUUAUAGGAUGCUCAUCAACAAAACCAUAAAACUCAAACUUACAACACUGCUAUAGCUGUUACCUCUUCGUGCCUAGUGAUUACAGGAUAACCAUGCUUUUUACCUACAAGUGAACAUGGCUGACAUACCAGCAGACUAAGGUUUACAUUUUCUUUUUUCAAUAUUUCACACUUUAUUUACUCAAAGAAGCCUGCAGACAUAAAUCUUGCCUUUCAUCAGUGAAUGUAUGGAACGGAAAGUUCUAAACCAAACACGUUUAAUCAAAGUUUGGAUCAUUCUGAAGUUUAUACUGGCUCAUUUUAUAUUUGCUUAUAGUAUUUCAGACUUUAGAUAAUGAAAGUGUAAUAGCAAGUACCCUGCGUGUGUUAAUGUACAACUUAUUUCUAAAGCAUUGAGACAAAAACAACACAAAAAACUGUAAAAAAGAUCCCAAAUUGAUAACCAUUCCACAACAGAAUUUCCUAUUCUGCUUUUUGCAGUAUAUGGAAAUAGUAAUCUCAAAUACCACCAGCUUCUAGUAGGCAUUUAUUAGUAUUUUGGCUCAUGUCAUAUAUUAAGGGUACUUUGCAAAAUACCAACAGGUGACCAAUUGUUCUGACAGCAGCUCAGGUUAAAAAAAAAAAUCCCAUUCAAACCGUCGCUAUCCUUUAUUUUUUGUGUUUUUUCGUCUGUGAAGGCUGAUUUUAGCGUUUGUUGUGUACUCUGUGAUUGUGACACUAGCUGAAUGUAUAUUUUUCUUCAGUGUGCUUUCAACUAAAGGAUCUGCAAAGCGUUAAACGUUUAGACUGUUGAGUUACUCUUGUGAAACAGAUUGUGUUUGUUGUGUGCUUUGUCUGGCAGAAACAAGGUUAAACCACAUGGCGGUGAUUGAAGGGGAAAUGCAAAAGCCAAAAAAAUGAGUGGAGGGCUCUUUUGUUGAGAUGAUUCAUCAUGUGUGAGUCACAAUACAAAACAGUACCAGCACAAUAAUUAGUUUGUUAGCAGUGAGCUAAAAACAAUGUAGUUUUUCCGCACUUAUCACCUUUCAAAUAUCUUAAUGUUGAAUGACCUAAUUAUGUCUAUAUUGUAAAUGUGAUACCUUUAUUUUUUGCUAUCUAAAAUGUAUUGAAUACAUUAUAGGAAUUAAGUACUUUCAGCUUGUAGCCUUUCGAAGACCCCAUAUAAUAGAAGUGAGAGUUUAAUUGGUAAUACGUUUCACUGUUUGGAAGGAAUUGUGGGCACAGAGUUAUGUGAGUUAAACAGCAGGAGGUCCCGUCUCUCUGCUGAAUGAUGGAUUAUCAACAACAGCAGGAACUGAUUACCCUAAAUCUGAGGAGACAGAAAAUGGGAAACAAAGAAGCCUAGAUGGAGUAUGAUUAAAACCAGAGCCAGUUUUUAUUAUUUUAUUACUCUAUAUCUUGCCUGGGAUCAUUGUGCCUUUAUGGAAAACAGCUUCACAUGUAAAAGCUACAAAACCGUGUUCUGAGGAGGUUUAAAAAGGAGUGUUACACUCUGUUUUUUUGGUAGUUUUGUUAUGAUGUUAAAGUCUGUUAAACCAGUGGUUCCCAACCUUUUCCUUGGAGCAGCCCCUCAAGCAGAGGUCCAGUAGGAAAAAGCGGUACAUUAUUUAUCAAAAAAAUAACAAAUUAAGACUGUUUUGAUUGUUAAAAAUCCCAACAGAGCGGGCCAAGUGAACCUAGUCCUGCCUCAUGCCCCCCGAAGAUCUUUGGUGGGGGGCAGUUUGGGAACAAAUGUGUUAGAGUAUCAAGAAAAUGCUUUUUAACUGCCACAAAACCUUAAAGCUCCUGUAAAGAUUUUUAUCUGCUUUUGAAGCAAACUGAAAAUAAUAGUUAUGCCUCUUCAUGACUUACAAAAACAUACAAAACCAUCCUAAACAAUACUAUUUCUAUAUACAGUAGUUAUUUGUAAUCUUUUAAAAUGCCAUGUCAGGAAAAAUGUUUUUUUGGCAUCCUACCAAAAAGGCGUUUUCAAACAUUCCACUGUAAACAUUUCCAAUAAGAGAGAUAUUUAAGUUUUAAAAGAAUGCAGAGAGAUUAGAUGUAUGGCUUUGUCCACAGGGGGUGCCAAAAUCAACACAAAUUAAAAGUUCUUCACAGGAGCUUUAAAGGAAUAUGUUAACCUUUUUGGAAUUGUUGCUUUCCAUAGAGGAUGAUAGGAGAUUACAGAUACUACUUCUUUAUCCAUUCAGUAAAUAAAAGCCUACAUCUCAUAGAUACAUGCAAGUAGAUGCUGCUUUUUGAAAUCUGAUAUGCUUCUACACAGGUGACAUUUUAUAUUAGUUGCAGCUAUGAAUGUAAGUCUAAAUCAGCAGAUCUAUCCACAAUUAAAGCAUUUUUAAGAUGCUGAAUUGUGAUUAUUGGUUGUCAAAAUCCAGAGAUUGACAGCUUUUGUAUUAAAUAAAAACCUUUUUUCUUUGUGUUUUUUUUCCAAAAUCCGCUUACAUCCUUGAAUAAAUCAUAAAUCAUAAUUGCAUAGACUGGCUUAUUUAUGGUACAGGCCUGAGAGAGGUAUCAAUCAUGAUCCAUCCUUUCAAAAGAAAGCAAGUUUCCAAAGAUGUCUUCUCACAACAUGCAUAUGUUACAUGAUGAUAAUGAGAGAUAUACAACAUUUAACUACCUUUGAUGUACAUGUGUAACCAUUAUAUGCUGUUUGUAUGUCUGCAGCACAAAUAGAAAAAUGUUUGUCCCUGCAGCUCUCUGUUAAUUCAGUAUUGUAAAUAUAAACUUAACCCUUUACAAUAAACAACAAAGCUUAUACAAUAAACACUCUAUUCCUACAGGUUUGCAGCUUGAAUACAACCCUUUUAAUGCCAAUUUUCCUUUUUAUUCUUACCCCAUCUUAACUGCAAAUACACUUUAGAAUACAUAAGCAACUAAAGCACCCUCCAUUUUAUUGUCAGUCAAGUCAAACUCAUGCCACAGCGGAAGUUUAUUAUAAUAAACUAAACAAGUGUAUUGAAUUUGAUUUGUGAAUGAGGUCUGACAUCAUGAAUUGUGUCUUUGUAGCAUUUUUUUUUUAAGUAGGUGCUUAUGAUGUGUGUAAUUUUUGACAAAAAGCCAUUAAUUUCAGAGCUCUCUUCUUACAAUGCCUUUGACUUUCUUUGUGAUCAUUCUCAGUAGAGGCUCUCUUAAAACUUUUUUUGCUAUACAUUUUAUAAGAAAAGACCAAUAAUUGGGCUUUCAUUAUAAAGCUUUUAUGCAUGGUGUGUUUUUUUUCUGGUUUUUAUGUGUUUCAUUUUCUAUAUAGUAUUGUUUUACAAAAGUGUUUUCAAAGCCCUUGUUGUUUGUAUUUUCUAUGAGCGUUUUGUAUCCAGUGUUUAUACUUUUAGUAGAUUUAUAUGAUGUAAUAAAAUGUCUUAUAAA